AAAUAAUGUGCUUUUUCUUUUCCCUCUUUCAGCGAAGUUUUUGCUUGAGAAAAACACAUUUGCUCAGCAAAACAAAAACCACUUUUAAGGGUUGUUCUUGGUGGAAAUUGCUCUAUGCCCUAUCACCCGCUUGAGUGAAACCAGACUAAGAACUUCUGUCAUGGCAGCUUUUCUGCUGGGAGCUGUGUUGCUUAUUGUUCAACCUCAGAUAGUGCCUUCCAGACCAGCUAUAAAUUCAAAUGCUGAGACUUCUUCUCAGUCUGUUCAGAGAGAGCUUUUAAAGAAAACAUCUCAGAAAAAUGACUUCAAGGAAAACAUUCAUUCUAAUGGAUCAUGUCAGCAGCUGCCACAGACUAUUAUUAUUGGAGUGAGAAAAGGUGGAACAAGAGCUUUGUUAGAGAUGUUGAGUCUCCAUCCAGAUAUUGCAGCAGCAGAAAGUGAAGUUCACUUCUUUGACUGGGAAGACCAUUACAGGAAUGGAUUGCAGUGGUAUAUUAAUCAAAUGCCAUUCUCGUAUCCCCAUCAGAUCACCGUGGAAAAAACUCCAGCGUAUUUCACAUCACCUAAAGUGCCUGAAAGAGUUUAUAACAUGAACCAAUCCAUGAGACUACUCCUUAUUUUAAGAGACCCAAGCGAGAGAGUGCUGUCAGAUUAUACCCAAGUGUUCUACAACCACAUGCAGAAGCACAAGCCGUACCCAUCCAUAGAGCAAUUCCUGAUAAAAAAUGGUGAACUCAAUGUGGACUACAAGGCAAUAAACAGAAGCUUAUACUACAUUCACAUGCAGAACUGGCUGAAGUAUUUUCCUCUUGAUCAUAUCCACAUUGUAGAUGGGGACAGACUAAUCAAAGAUCCCUUUCCAGAAAUAGAAAAAGUAGAGAGAUUUCUGAAGUUAUCACCACAGAUAAAUGCUUCAAACUUUUAUUUCAAUAAAACUAAGGGGUUCUACUGCCUGAGGGACAGUGGUAGAGAGCGCUGUUUGCACGAGUCCAAAGGACGAGCACACCCGCAAGUGGACACCCGGUUACUGGAGAAACUGCAGGAAUAUUUCCAUGAACCCAACAAGAAGUUUUUUGAGCUUGUGGGCAGAACAUUUGACUGGCACACAUUUGUGGCAAGUUAGUGGUAAGCUUCAGAACCUAUGUUCCAGUGUACAGUUAGAAGAUUUAAAAAGGGCAUUUAAGCUAUUAUUUAUUUGUAAAAUCCAUAAAUACUUCUGUACAGUAUUAGAUUCACAAUUGCCAUAUAUACUAGUUAUAUUUUUCUACUUGUUAAAUUUGAAAGCAUUUUGUAUUGUUUUUCAUGGUUGUUAACAUUGUGUAUGACGUGUCUAUAUGAAGAAACUAAAUUAUUUCAUUGCAGAAGGUGCUCUCUUGAGAAUGUGUUGUCUUUUUAAUAAAUAAGAAAUUCAUUUCGACAGAACAUUUCUGAAUUGUUUGAAUACUUUGGCCUUCCUCGACUAUUUUCACUAAUUGCUAAUGAAUAUGAUAAAUUUUACCUUUCCAUUUUUCUUAAAGUGUGGAUUAAUAAUUUCUUUUCCAUUUGCAAAUACUGUUGUAGCUAACAAAUUGUUCAAUCCUGCUUUAUGAAAUUAUUUCCUGUCAAAGUGUUGGUACUUACACAUGUUGGGAAAUGCACACCCAAAGGACAAUGGAUGUCUCUGUGUAAUUUGAUAUAUUAACUGCUAUACUUAACAUUCAUAUUCACUGUUAUAACAAGUGCUCCUCAAUUCUUUGGCAGUACAGUGCAGGUUUCAUGGCAGAAUUUUAAAGAUUAUGUGGGGACCAGCUCAUAAAAUACAGUUAGCUGUAGAAAUAUGGUCAACCUGAAAACUUCCAGUCUCUGAGUAUAUGUAUACUUCAUAAAGAGGUAUGGUUGAGAGAAUUUAAGCAAUAUAGAGACUUUUUCAAGGCUGCUUUUGACUGUUCCUACAUUUCAUAGCACAUUUAUGCUUUACCAUCGCUGAAAAUGAACACACCAGAAAAAUUAGUUGGUCUACAUUCCAUUAAGCAGGAACUUCUUUCAUAUAAAUAUUUCUACUUUUGUCCCCUACUUAAGGCUGCUUUCUAUGAGUUUUCAGUUGCUUCAUGCAACUGCAAAUUGCCUAUGGACUACUAUUUGUCCAAGAACAACGAUGCCAGGUCUUAAUGAGAUGUGUGUUGUGGGAUUAACCCAAAUUCCAGGAACUUGCCUUGUUUUCUGUCUGCUAAAAAUGGAAGAUAGAUGUUAGUACAUUGGUAAAAACUGCAGUUGUCCUUAUCUACAAUGGUUAUGAUGUCUUGUUCACCAUCAGUUUCUGGAGUUGGAGUUAAUCCAGUUUCCACACAAGGCUUCUCACAGUACUUUCAAUCCAAGAUACUGAUUUUUAUUUCAUGAUCUUGAGUUUAGUUGUUGAAUGUGCAAUGGCAACACCCAGUAAAUUUGAGCUUGCUACAAUCCUUUAUAAAAUUUAAAUGUGAAUUCAUUCAUUUUUUUCUGGUGAGCUAGUGCAAACUUGGGCACUAUAACAAGGUAUCAUCUGGAUGCAAAUAUCCCAUAUUAUGCCUUUUGCAUGAAAAUUUGCAGAUGCUGUCCCUCUCUCCCGCUCCUUGUGCACCUGCCCAAGCUGUAUUCAGCCUCAGAGAGGUUGGCAGUGUUUUAUAAAGCCUACAAUGAAAUGGUAUUGUACUCAAUAAAAUAUUUUCUGAAUUGCAUUUUUCCUUCUGUUUUUUUUUCUUCAGUUUCUAGUUUGGAAGACCACAAUUUAGGAUUCAACUCCAGUUUAGAUUUCAGCUAAAUGUUACUUAAGAGCUUAGCUAUUGAUUGAAUAGCGUGUUGCUAUUGAUAUGAAAGCAGUUGUUUGCUGCUGGGUUGUCUGAAUGAUUCACUGCUGACCCAGGAUAUACAACAAGGAGGCAAAGUUUCUGGUGGCAAUAAUGUCAAAUCUUACAUGAGGCAGAUGCUAAAAAUAACAGAAUCAUAGUGCCAUCAUAUUUCACUUAAAGUUUUAGAAGAGAGAAAUUCAGGGAAUUUUGUGUAAGGUGGGGCACUAUUUUUUCCUACAUUUACCCCAUUACCUUGGUAAUGUUAUCUCUGCAGGAGCCAGCUGGACCAAAGUGAUUUUGGCCCAGAAAAAAGGCUUCCAUUAGUGCCUUCCUGCAGUCUCAGAUUAAGCUCACCACAUUUACCAAUGUUUUCCUGAGAAAGGAAAAAUACUCGCAGGCAUGUGACCAGGAAUUGGAGGAGUACGUGAAGGCAGGGCUGCAACAAGUCCCCCUGCAGCAGGUUGAACAUGGUAUCAGUGUUGAAUUGGAAAUGCCUGUGCAGUACUGACAGCUGAUGGUGGCACUGAGGAUACUUUUAGUGCCUAGUGCUGCUUGAUACCAGUAGUGUGCCUGUCUCUAAGCAGGUCACAUGCACACAUUUCCCCACACACAAUAUGGCUUGUCUCUCUAUAGAAAGAGAAGUGCAGCAUGAAGCAUUAGGUCACUACUACUGUUACAGUGCUAGGACCUCAUAGAGCGUUGUGUGCAGGAUCCAGAGGUGAAGUGACCACUUCAGGGGACAUUCUGAAGCACAAUAUGACAGGAGUCACAUCCUCAACACCAAGUUCAGAGGGUCUCACAGAAAGUAUAUCAUACCCAAUGCUUACACCUUGUGCAGGGAUGGCAUGACUGUACAAUACCUUAUCCUGAAGGUAGCUUUCUGUUAGCUGUGAUGGUGAUGAGCAAUAAAUCCCACCCACACUAAUAAUAGCAGUAAUGUUUACCUGCCAUAGGUUCAAGAGUUCAAGAGUUCCAAUUCUGAAAACUAUUCUGUGUGAAUGUUCUGUUUAAUCAGAGCAACAUUCAUUUCCCACACUGUACCUAAAUAUAUUUACUAGGCUGUUUCUAAAUGGGUGUUAGACAAUAACAAAAGCCAUCAGAAAGUGAAGAGAGAAUGAAAGAAGAAGACCAAAGCACAUUCCAUUUGGGACUCUAGAAAAAUUAAUAAUGACCUUUGAAGGCAUGUCAUAUCUGCUCAUAAAAGAAAAAAGUCCCUGAAAUACCUUUCCAGUGUUAUGCAACACAGGUAUUUAUUUCUGUAAAGCUCUACUAGCUCAGGUUUAAAGUACAACCACUUGGAUGUUGCUCCAGAGACCUGUUUUCUCAGGACACCUAGCCAAGCCUGUGAUCACUCUUGAAAACUAAAAUAAAUACAAGGCUUUAUGAGAAUUAAAAGCCGGGCACUCCCCUUAAGUACAAAAAGAAAUGCCAACCAAAUAAUUAUUCAGGGUGGCACUGUAGGACUGUCUUGACCUUUGCGUCACAACACAGAUUAGUGUGAAAGCCAGAUAUUGUACCUGCAGAGGACAAAGAUUAGACUGUAAUGAUUAUUCCAGGAACAAUGCUGGAAGUUUAUGGAAAGGGAAAAGAACACCAAAGCUAUUAUUUCAUCAAGAGUAUUUCUACAUGUACUGCUGAUGCUGCAUGAUCUGGUUACAUGUGCUUGGCUCUUCCUUGUAUAUUUUUCCUGCUGUUACAGGUGAAAAAACAUCUACUGUUCUUGAAUAAAUCAACAUUUCUUUGGAACAUAUCAUUAAAAAAAUCUAUCAAUUUUUAAAUCUUGCUGCAUUCAUUGAUAAGUGUGUGAAACUUAACACUAUAGAAUAUUUUAGAUGAAAACUUUUUUAGUUUGGUUCUCAAAGCUGAUAAUUUUGUGUUUCCUUGUCUACUGCCAUUUUCAGAGUCUGCAGAAAGCCAGGAUUUCUUUCCCUGUUAUCAUUCAAACAGAUUUCAAAUGCCAAAGAGAAAUAUGGGUUAUGGAAUAUGGCAUAUGGCGUAUUUCCAUGUAUCUUCUGUUUUAUCUAGCAUGGCUGACCAUGUAUUAAAAAAUAUCACAGAUGUACUCUAUGAGUAAAAGACUGUAUAUCAAAACUAUUUCUCGUAGGAAUAUUCCUUUUCCAUUCUUUUUUCUGAAGUCUGUGACUUGAAAGUCCUAAUUAUGACCACAUUGUGAAUGAAAUUUUUCAGAAGUAUGUUAUUAGAUGUUUUCUAAUACAGUAACAAAGUAAUAAAACUAAAAUAAGGCCAAAGCAUUGAAUUAAAUUAAGUCAACAAAAUGUGUUGAACUUGGUACUAGGUAUAUACCUGCUGAAAUAGUUGCAAGGAUGUGCCUCUACAGCUGUAACAAUAUUUUCUCAUUCUUAUGCCAGCAACUUUUAUUUAUAUAACUCUGUCUAAUGCCCAGUUAUGCUCAAAAUAUUGUAUUUUCAAUAUUAAAUCCUUCAUUUUUCAAUUGAUUGGAGAGGCCAGUUAUGGGUGAAAGCCAUGUAAAUAUGUGAAUGGAAAAAAAAAUCAUUAAUAAUUUCCUUACAAAAAAUAAAUGAGAUUGCAUUUAUGUCUCCUAGAAAUUUAGCAGUGAACAGUACUCUUUUCCUGCAACAAUAACCAAUCCACAGUAAAUUUUCUACUUAAAUACUACACAACAGUUGAUGCAGUUUUUAAGUUAAUAGUGCAAUAAACACAACAGUGAUGCUGCAGAUUUUAAAUGCCUUCUGGGAAGUAUAAAAUAUGCACGUCAGGGUGGGGAGCAGCUGGAUGCAUAGGAGCAUCUGAUCUCUUUGGUUUGAGAAAGCUUUUUUUUUUUUUUUAGUGGUAAGGAACAUGAAAUUUUUGGCUUGGAGAUAACUUUAUGUUGUCUAUGAAAGCAAUGUCUUCCUUUAACUUCCAAGUCAAUAAUCCUAUCAUAAUUACAUCACCUUUAUACUCAGUAUUUAUAUUAUUCUCUGCCAAAAUGUAUUUUAAGAGCCAAACCCCCGAUAGCAGGUGCAUCCCUUAGUAUAAGAAAAAACAUUGUAAUACAACUCUGACACAUGGCUUCAAUUACAAAGACACAUUGCCUUGCACAAAGGAGUAUUCUGAAACUGAUGGCAAAAUUCUUCUUUUCUUAAUUUGGAUGAAGAUUACAGAAACAGGAACAUGUGUACAUUCACAAAAAACAGAACAACUAACAUGCCCUCUUCUCCUUGGUUUCCAAUCAAUCGGUCAGCAGUAUUUCAUCAAUAAAGAUCAGGCCAGCUUUUAGGAACCAGCACAGUUCAGUCCAGAUAACUCUCAAAAGAAAGAGUUCUUGCAGAUAUUCUUAACCAAACACUUUUCAGGGUAUCUCCUAUUUUUGUAAUUUGUGUAAUUCUUCUUUCCUCCCUUGUAUGCUACUGUCCUGUCACAUCUGUGCUAUUAACUAUUAUAUUAUCACCCUAUCAGAAAUAGAUCCAUUAUCUGAUGGUGUUUUUAUAGAAUACUAUUCAAAUGAAUGUGAAAUCACAGCAUUAUGGAGCUCAAAAAUACUUUAUAUGUGUUUGCUCUGAUAUGUUUUAAACUUUAUUUGAAUAAAAUUCAGCUUAUUUGGUCUGUGUCA